AUGCCAGAAGAAAUUGAAAACAGAAAAUUCCUAAGGCUGGAAGAGGAGGAAAAGGGGUGUAAAAGAAAAAAAAAAGAGCAAACAGAGGACUGUUGGCAUGCUCUCCGGCGUGCCAGUAAGAGCGCCUGGAGGAAGAAGAAGAAGAAGAAGAAGCGGAAGAGAGGGGGGCAGCAAUGGGAGAAAACGAAAAAAAAAAUCAACGAUAGCCAUACGAACGAAGGGAUCGUAAAGACAACUGGGCUACGUACGCACACGAUAGAAAUCCAUCAGUUCAGGCGUCUUCAUUGCCGUCGUCAUUGUCGAGUAGCAUCAACAAACAUCGUUCAGCCUGCUGCGGGAGCAAUGCGAGUUGAGCGAAUGGAGAGCAAGAAGAGCAAGAAACAGGCACAAUCUGUGCUCUGGCGCGGCUGUGGCGGACGAAUCGCUGGGGAGAAAUGCAUUCUGGUCGUUGACGGUUUGACGGCCUGCAGAGGCUCGCAUCCCUGUAGGCUGCGGAACGCGCCCUCCCCCCCUCCUCCAAGCCCGUCAAGGAUAGGGAGCAUGCAAGAGGGCAACCCCCGGCUAUUCAAGAAGAGAGAUGGCAUGUCCUUCCCGAGACGAAUCAGGUGUGCGGACCAAGCCAACAUUUUAGCUUCGUUGGUGCAAGGGUUCAAUCGACACGGGCUCGAAGGGCAUUCGGGUCUGGAACAACUUCAUGUGGGCUGCAGACGAGCGACGUGCAGUGGGAUCAUGUCGUCGCUUGUACGACCGUUGGGUAGGAAGGGCCUUCGUCGAACUACCGCUGGCGUUUGCCGUGUAAAAAAAAAUGCAGCUCGACAUGCUGUGUGA